UUCUGAGCCUAUAAAUGUGGCACUUGUUUCAUUCAUCACUUCAUAUCAGAAGCCAUUUCAAAGAGAGAAAAAAGAAGAAAGAAAUACACAAUGGCAGGAAUCAUGCACAAGAUUGAGGAGACUCUGAACAUUGGAGGCAAGAAAGAUGAGCGCAAGGGUGAGACACAAGGUGGGUACAACCAACAGGAUCACAGGGACGGUGCACAAGGUCAGCGCAAGGAAGGGUUUGUUGACCAGAUGAAGGACAAGAUCCCGGGGGGAGGCGGAGGCGUGCACAAGGGGGAGACACAAGGUGGGUACAACCACCAAGAGCAAGGUGGGUACAACCAACAACAGCACAGGGGCGGCGCACAAGGUGAGCGCAAGGAAGGGUUUGUUGCCCAGAUGAAGGACAAGCUCCCGGGCGGUGGCGGUGGCAUGACGCAAGGUGGGUACAACCAACAAGAGCACAGGGGCGGCGCACAAGGUGGGUACAACCAACAGGAUCACAGGGGCGCCGCACAAGGUGAGCGCCAGGAAGGGUUUGUUGGCCAGAUGAAGGACAAGCUCCCGGGCGGGGGCGGUGGCGGUGGCAUGACGCAAGGUGGGUACAACCAACAAGAGCACAGGGGCUGCGCACAAGGUGAGCGCCAGGAAGGGUUUGUUGGCCAGAUGAAGGACAAGCUCCCGGGCGGGGGCGGGGGCGAUGGCGGUGGCAUGACGCAAGGUGGGUACAACCAAAAAGAGCACAGGGGCGGCGCACAAGGUGAGCGCCAGGAAGGGUUUGUUGGCCAGAUGAAGGACAAGCUCCCGGGCGGUGGCGGUGGCGGUGGCAUGACGCAAGGUGGGUACAACCAACAAGAGCACAGGGGCGGCGCACAAGGUCAGCGCAAGGAAGGGUUUGUUGGCCAGAUGCAGGACAAGAUCCUGGGCGGUGGCGGUGGCGGUGGCGGUGGCAUGACGCAAGGUGGGUACAACCAACAAGAGCACAGGGGCGGCGCACAAGGUCAGCGCAAGGAAGGGUUUGUUGGCCAGAUGAAGGACAAGAUCCCUGGCGCUGGCGGUGGCGGAGGCGGUGGCGGUGGCAUGACGCAAGGUGGGUACAAUCAACAAGAGCACAGGGGCGGCGCGCAAGGUCAGCGCAAGGAAGGGUUUGUUGACAAGAUCAAGGGCAAGAUCCCGGGGGGUGGCGGUGCUAGUGGUGUCGGUGGCAUGACGCAAGGUGGGUACAAUCAACAAGAUCACAGGGGCGGCGCGCAAGGUGUGCGCAAGGAAGGGUUUGUUGACAAGAUCAAGGGCAAGAUCCCGGGGGGUGGCGGUGCUAGUGGUGUCGGUGGCAUGACGCAAGGUGGGUACAAUCAACAAGAUCACAGGGGCGGCGCGCAAGGUGUGCGCAAGGAAGGGUUUGUUGACAAGAUCAAGGGCAAGAUCCCGGGGGGUGGCGGUGCUAGUGGUGUCCGUGGUGUAGGAGGAGAGAAAUAG